AUGUCAUUGCAGUUUUGCUCAGAUAUCAUCGACCUCACCCAGCUCAGCAGCGACUCAGAUGGGGCUGAAUUCAACGACGACAUUGAGCUCGAGCACACGCCCACAUCCACAUCAAUGUAUGCGCCAACAUCGGCCUUCUCCGAAAUGUCGUCGACUCCCAACACGCUGAUGGUGCUGACCGAGGGGCGCGGGAUAGCCAGUGAGAUUGCAUACUGCUUCUUCGAUCUGUCAACCCUGCAGUGCACAUUGUCUCAGUAUGCUGACGGCGCCAGCUACUCGCGCACAAUCUAUGCAAUAACAACCGCUCGUCCACAGACCGUUUUUGUGCCGGCGACCAUGAUUGCUGGCAACAAGUCAAAGGCAAUGCUGAACAUCCAGCGUUACCUGCCGUGGCUCAAGUUUCGCUCCAUCGAGCGAAGAUGGUUUAACGACAAGGACGGCAUGCUUGUGUUAAGGGAAAUCUCGCUGUCCAGCCAGCUUCCUCACCUCGAGCGUAUUCUACGGUCAAAGCAGUACGCGUAUGCCGCGCUCAACGCCAUGUUCCAUCACUUUGAGGCCGAGCUUUGCAUGUCAUUUUCAAAGUCGUCGAUCAGCGUGAGGUGUACUCAGAUGGCCGGCACCAUGCUGAUAGACCCAGGUGCGUGGCGCGACCUGAGCCUCGACAGCGACAAAAAUGCGUCCGAGUGGUCUUUGUGCCAGGCAAUCGACCAUACGCGCACAAAAUGGGCGCCGGAUGCUGCGCGCAAACAUUUUACAGCCUUCGCUGUGGCCGAUAUCCUGGACAAUGAGGAAUUAUUUUUCUUUUUGUCUGCCAAUCUGCCCGCGCUGCCCGACAUUGAUGCAGCCAUCACUUCUAUGGUCCGGCAGCCUGUUGCCGCGACGGCAAAGCAGAUAAGCACGGCCAUCAAUAACGUGCUUUUGGUCAAGCACAUUUUGCAGGCCGCCGGCCACCUAGCUGCUGCGUUCAGUGGCUUGUCGCUAAGGAGCGCACUGCUGCCAGAAAUUGUCGCCAUCCUGAGCGAUCCAAGGAUUGCCGAGCUGCUGGACCAUAUCCACGCUGUCAUUCGGGAGAACAUCACACUCGGAAGAUCAGCUCAGAUGACGCGCAGCCAGCGCUGCCACGCAGUCAAGGACGGCGUCGACGGAUUUUUGGACGUCUCACGCGCCAUCUUUGACAGGGUCACACAGGAAGUUGUCGACUUGGUCGAGCAGGCCGUGUACAAGCCGACGGCAGGCUACAUCAUGGCGGCAAAAAGAGAGUCGUUCGACGAUACAGUGCCUGAGGAAUUUCUCAACGUCGUUGUUAAGAAGAGCCAGGUCACAUUCACCACGUUCGACCUGAUCAAGCUCAACAACCGGCUAGCGUCGGUCGUCACCGAAAUCAAUUUGCUCAGCGAAAAGGCCAUCCAAGGAGUCAUCAGCGUUAUCAGAGAAAACAUUGUCGUACUGUAUCGCAUCUCCGAGGCCAUUGCCCUGCUCGACGUUAUUGUGUCGUUUGCACACCACUGCACGAUUUCUGAGUGUGUCAUGCCCAAGUUCUCGGACUGCAUCCAUAUUGAUGAUGGGCGGCACCCGAUCCUCGACGUCAUGAGCAGUGAGACUGUUGUUGCCAACAGCGUGAGUACCGUAAAUGCCACGUUCACUGUGGUGUCGGCCCCAAUAUGGGCGGCAACAAAAUCGGCCACGCUCAAGAUUUUUGACAAGCUUUUUGUGCGCAUGAACAACAGCGACAACCUGGCGGCCAACGAGUCAACGUUUCUGCGCGAAAUGCACGAUGUUGCAUACAUUUUGCACAACUACGACCAGCACAGCCUGGUAAUGAUCGACGAGCUCGGGCGCAGCACUGCCACCGAAGAGGGCAAGGCGAUAUGCCGCGCAGUAUGCGAGGAGUUUAUCGAGGCGGAUAACGGCCGAAGCAAAGCGACGCAUAAGGGCUGCACGCGCGUGGUCCUGUCCUCAACAGAUCAGUCGGCCGAUGGGCAGCACUGGCAGUUCAAGGCAACGCUUGGUGUCCAGACAGAGUCGCUUUACGGGAUCGAUCUUGCUGAGCGCAUGGGCAUGCCGGCCGAUGUCAUUGCGACGGCCAGGAUGGUGGCCAGCGAGUUCCAGGCAAGGCGCCAGAUCAAAUCGGCAGGGAGAAAUACGCACAACUGA